AUGGCGGUACCCACGCCACCCCUCUUGGACAAAUGCGAGGUUUGUGGAAAAUAUUUCUCCUCCCCGAUUGCCCUUCUUAUUCACAUGAGGGAUCACGCAGGGGAAGAAGUUCACUCCUGUCACUACUGUGGUAAAGGGUUCACGCUACGGGGCUCUCUUCAGCACCACAUGCAAAAGCACGGAGCUCAAGAACCCCAAUAUUGUGAUCUCUGCGGAAAAUGGUGUUCCUCAAAAAUCUCAUUGAUACAACACCGCAAUACACAUCAAAAUGAAAGGACUUUCAAAUGUAAUAUCUGUGGAAUGGAGUGCAAAACGAAAAUGCAGUAUAUGAAUCACAUGCGCAGAGGAAAACAUAAGAAAGUUAUUUUAAAUCAUAGCUGUCAGAAGUGUGGUGAAGCCUUCAUGUUUAAGAAGGAUUUGGCAAGACAUAAGAAAUUACACAUCGAAGUGAAACCCUUCGAAUGUCAAAAGUGUUUCAGUACCUUCUGGAGUAUAUCAGGGUAUCGGGGACAUUUAAAGAGACACGAGAAGGAAGAAAGUAAGCGAAAAGACUACAGAUGUCACCUAUGUACUGCUGUAUUUCAUAGUCCAGAAUCCCUGCUUGAACAUUCCAGGGUACAUAAUGACAACGCAGAGUUAAACGUACAGACAUCUGACCAACUCGAGAAGGGUCAAAAACAGGAUAACAUAGAGUCGAAAGUACGAAAAUCUAAAAAGAAAUGUAAAGAAUUGAGAUCUUCAAAUUCAAAUCUAGUUCAUUUUAACUCGCAAACGGAAGGAAAACAACUGGAUAGCUCUGUGUUACAACAUUUAGUUCCUUUUAAUUUGUGUAAGUACAGCCAGGAACUUGAUAGUGCUGGGUCCUCGAAUUUAGUUCAUUCUAACUUGUACAAAGACAGCAGCCAAGAACUGAAUACUAGUAGUUCAAGGUCAACUAUAGUCCAUCCUGACUCUCACAAGAACACGGAUAGUUCAGAGAAAGAAAUAACCCAUACGUAUUCACCAAGGGACAAGCAAGACCUGGAUAGUAAAGAGACGAAUUUUGAUCAUUCUAACUUGCACAAAGACAGCAUCCAAGAACUGAAUAGUUCAGAGCCAGAUUUAGUCCAUUCUCACAAGUAUUUCAAUGAAAAGGACCGGUCAGUGAAAAAGAUAGUCCAUACGAAUUCACAGAAUGAUAGUCGAGAAGUAAAAAGUUCACAGACGCCAUUUUUGCACACAAAAACUCAAAAUAUAGACAGUUUGAUAUGUGAAAUCUGUGGUAAGUGUUUUAGUCGUAUACAGAGUCUGAAGACGCACCAGAAGAUACACACUGUCCGGGAGGGAUUUGAGUGUGUACUGUGUAAGAAAGUGUUUAUGAAUAAGUGCUACCUAGAACGACACUACAAACAUCACUCGGGUGAGUGGUACUUCCCCUGUAAUCUGUGUGAUGAGGGUUUUGACAAGAAGGUCGUCCUGGGUAGUAUCCACUUCUCUGAAGGUCGAUGUCCACCCGGAUACAUAGGAGCGGGUCAGUUUUGCCUAUUCUUCACUGAAUUAGCGGGAACCUGGGCGGAGGCAAACAGCUAUUGCAGAACAUUCAAUGCUGAGCUAUUCGAACCAAGGACUGAUGAGCGCCAGAACGCGCUGGUUGCAGCCCUGAAGAAAGUACCAGGACCAAAUGACCUUGAAUUUUUCAUCGGAGGUAGCGACUUCUUUGUCGAGAAUCAAUUUAUCUGGUCAACUGAGUCGACUCCUGUUGGGACCACUCAUUGGUACCCUGGUAACCCAAGCAACAGCAACAACUGGGAGGAUUGUAUGGCUGUAUUGAAAACCGGGCAAUGGAAUGACAUCGCGUGCGACCGCGAUCUGCGGUUUGUUUGCGGAAAAUAUGCAAUAGAGGACCCGGCAGUUGUUGGAUAAAAUACAGUGUCGACAAUGCGUCUACCGUCAUGAAGCAAGAACCUUGUUCACAUUUACAAAUAUGAAAUAUUAAAAUAACAUAUAAUUACCAA